AUGCAGCAACUUUCGUCUGCAAAUGAGGAGCUGACACAUAAACUUCAGGAGGCCUUGAAAGAGAUAAAACAUCUGCGGAAGAAGGUGCGGGGUGGGAAUGCGUCGCUGAUCAAUGCACGCAAUAGAACCAAGUACCUGCAAAGACAUCACGUCACUUUGGAAGACGGCGGUGGAAUCGAGUACAUUUCCAGAGGACUCUCAAAAUGGGAGCCCGGGGUUGACGAUGUGGAGAAGAUUUUGGACAAUCCUCGAAAUUGGCCGGGUCCGGACGAAAGUCAGGACUACUCGCGUCUGUUUUACGAUUCCACCAACUACUCUCUCAAACGGGGAGUUUCCAAGCAGCUACUUCAGAAUAUCACUCCUGAAAUUUGUCUGGAUAAGGUCGAGUUUUCGCUGCGCACCGUUGGGUUUCUGUUUAAUACUUUGGAUGAGCAGCGGUUUCUUGGCGAGGUGAAAUUCUACUUGUCGAGAAACCAGGGAAUCAACGUUCUGGAUGAGGAUAUCCCAGAGCUUUCCUGUAACUUCAAGAUCCGCAGAAAACGAUAUGCGUGGUUCUCCAUUUUGUACUCGCUUCUCGCCAUUGGUUACUACGUGCACCAGGACACCACGGAAGAUUACAAAAGGUUGCAUCCGAACACAAAUCUCGAUAGAAGCCAUGUGUGCUACAUUGCAGCACUGGAGUGUAUCAAUCGGAGCGAUUUCCGUGAGUUUCCCAACAUAUAUGUGCUUCAGGCGUUCAGUAUUCUGCUGAUCACCUUGCAAGGGUUUGGAAACACCGGUGUGAUGUACUCGUUGCUGAACGACAUGAUCGAUACUGCUGUCAAGCUGGGACUCAAUACGGGCACUUCUUCCAUGUCUCGUGGCUUAUGGGCCAACCUGGUGAUUGUCGACGCUUUUGAAACAUACGGACGUGCCAGCAUCAUCAAGACUGAGCCAGCUGUCGAUCCCAUUGAUCCGGCCUUCACUCCUUCGUCGUUCCAACAGGUGAUGGUGAGGAUAUCUCUCAUCAAAAAGAAAUACUCAAAGCCCACUGUAAAGGACGCAAAGUCAAAUCUGCUGCAAUCGGAGUCACACCUGCUUGAUUUGCUACGCGAGACACAGAACCUGUUCCACCUGCGAGACUCCGAGAGACCGGCCGACGACCCAUACUGGCUGCGUCGCCAUGUUCUUCUCGACACAUUCUACGACCAGAUAUCGAACAUAAACAAGCUGCUAGCGUCGCACACUCCCCGCGACGAAUGGAUGGAGAAGUACCGUCCAAACUGCGUGUGCUACUCGGUGAUGACCAUCGAGCUGUUUAUGUCCACGGUCACGCUGAAACACUACCGAAUCUGGUCGCUUGUGCACCAUGUUCUUUCGUCAUCAGUGUUUUUGAUUGUGGACGUUCUGAUGAACAUCGAGCUGCAACAGAACGACCAGAGAGUUAUACUUGUGGUGGAGUGUUUGAAACUGAUCAAUGAUCUCGGCUACGACCAUCUGGAGGAACGCGGAACGGGAUUCAUUAAGGAGCUCAUUGCGUGUAUCACCUGUACGACUGCGGACGGGAUGGUGUCGUUCCAAAACAUGAGCCACGACGAGAUUAUCCGCUACGUGCGCACGCCAGGGCAGGACCUUGGAGUGAGCGGUAACUCGCUCAUCAACUUUAGAGAGGGCCUGCAGCGCAACUCGGAGGACGACAUCGAAGCCUGGGUCGACUCGAUGCUACAAUGGACGGAGUUCAUGGACUGGUUAAAGACUUACUGA